AUGACUUCGAACACGACAUCAACACAUUGCAUGAAAUUGCAAGUCCAAUACGGUUCGGAUUUUUACGAACUUUUAUUAACAAGUAAAGAGAAAAAGAUUUGCAUAGAACAAGUUCUUGAAGAAAUUGAAAAACGACUCAAAGUACCGAAAUGUCAUCAAAUCUUAAUGUACAAAGGACAACGUUUGGAUCAGAAAGCGAAAACAAAUCUCGAUGAGCUCUACAUCUUUAAUAAUAGUAAAAUCAUUCUAGCACGAACACCAAAACAACUUCUUGAUGAGGAAAGUUCAUCAGUCCAAUCACCCAAAGAAAAGAAAAUCAUCGAUACAAACAAAGAAGACAAUCAGAAUGUGGAACAUUCGGUAAAUCAACAACAGUCAGUGCCAACAAAGCAAGAAAUGCGUUCACAUCCGAUCGGUUUCAUUCCCGAACCAAACAAAACUUAUGAAUACUACACAGUUCCAUAUCGCACUGAUCCAACAACUCUCUUACAAAAUAUGUCAUUAUCAACAUCAACUUCGACAUAG